AUGAGUCACCAUAGUGCCUACUCCGGCGACUUGACGACCCCGUCCGAGAGCUCAGUCAUGAGACACAACACGGGUAUCGUCGUGAGUUGGAGCCCGGAAGAAGAUGAGCUUCUGUUUACACAACUUUCUUGCUAUACGUCGGAACCGGGUCUUUCGAGUUACCUGGAAGUCGCGUCAUAUUUUCGAGACAAGGGCGUCAGGGACGUUGCUAUACGUUGGAGAUGGCUAUGUGAAAAAAAAGAAAAUACCAAGAGAAGAAAAGAAGAUCACAAUGGAUCGGAAAGAGCUGCCAGAGUUGACAAUAAGGAGAUUAUUGAUAUGGUGGUGGCUUCACAAACAUCUCAAAAUGGGAUCAACGACGAGCUUCUUAAAGAGAAUAUGAAAUGUCUCGAUAAGAUUUCUGAAAAUUUGACAUCAUUAAGAACACUCAUGGACAACGCAGACCUCUUCUUAAAAAUUGGGAGUAACAUCAAUAUCGUUCUCGAAAAUUUUAAUGAGAAUAUAUCGGAGAAGAUGAAGCGUAUGCCAGCAUUGCCGGAGAAGGUGAACGAGAAGCUGUUAGCUGCACUCUUUCCUUCAGCAUAUCUACAAUGAAUCUGGCUCUUGUUUUUUUAUUUGUUUUUGGUUUUCUCUUCUUCUUUGGUUUCAAUUGAUGCUUUCAUUUAUUUAGGUUCUUUCCAACUUCUCCUAGCUUAAACCACAAGUUUUAA